AUGGCUUAUUACUGCAACCUUAUUGUGCCUGACCGGGGCAAAGUCAUUGAGGCCGCCCCGCUUAACCUGUCUGCUCAGGUAAGGAGGAACUGUCAGGAGCUGAUCACGGCACGUGACUGCAAGGUUUCUCGGUUGCUAGGUGCUUUCAAAAACCAAAAAAAGGUGACCAGAAGUUUUGGUAAUGCUGUACAAACAGUAACUUUAAUCCCAGGAGAUGGCAUAGGACCUGAGAUUUCUGCUGCUGUCAUGAAGAUCUUUGAUGCUGCCAAAGCUCCUAUUCAGUGGGAAGAAAGGAAUGUUACAGCUAUCCAAGGACCAGGAGGGAAGUGGAUGAUACCCCCAGAAGCCAAAGAAUCCAUGGAUAAAAACAAAAUGGGAUUAAAAGGGCCUUUGAAGACCCCCAUUGCCGCAGGGCACCCCUCCAUGAACCUGCUGCUGCGCAGAACCUUUGACCUCUACGCCAACGUGCGUCCCUGCGUGUCCAUCGAGGGCUACAAAACCCCCUACACGGACGUCAACAUCGUCACCAUCCGCGAGAACACGGAGGGCGAGUACAGCGGCAUCGAGCACGUGAUCGUCGAUGGGGUUGUGCAGAGCAUCAAGCUGAUCACAGAGGAAGCCAGCAAGAGGAUCGCGGAGUUCGCUUUCGAGUACGCCAGAAACAAUCAGAGGAGCCACGUCACAGCUGUGCACAAGGCAAAUAUUAUGAGAAUGUCUGAUGGGCUUUUCUUGAGAAAAUGCAGGGAGGCAGCAGAAAACUGUAAAGAUAUUAAAUUUAAUGAAAUGUAUCUGGAUACUGUGUGUCUGAAUAUGGUUCAAGAUCCAUCACAAUUUGAUGUGCUUGUUAUGCCAAACUUGUACGGUGACAUCCUCAGUGACUUGUGUGCUGGACUGAUCGGGGGCCUGGGAGUGACACCCAGUGGGAACAUCGGUGCCAACGGAGUGGCCAUUUUUGAGUCGGUUCAUGGAACAGCACCAGACAUUGCAGGCAAAGACAUGGCAAAUCCAACUGCCCUCCUCCUGAGUGCUGUGAUGAUGCUGCGUCACAUGGGACUACACAAACAUGCCACAAAAAUAGAGUCAGCUUGCUUUGAUACCAUUAAAGAUGGAAAGGUCUUGACAAAGGACUUGGGGGGCAAUGCCAAGUGCUCGGAGUUCACAGACGAGAUCUGCCGCAGGGUACGGGACAAGGACUAAACUUCCCUCACCCCGCCCCCUGGAGGACGUGUCACAGAGUACAUUAUGUGUAACUUGAUAUCCAUAUGCAGAUAGUUUGCUUAUCUCUUGAGAGCAAACUUUUUAGUUAAGGCCUCUCCAUUAAUAAAUUUAGUCCAAAUGGCUACAAA